AUGGCGACGGUCGGCUCCUCUCCUCACAGUUCAUCCCUGAAAGAGUCUGAAAACGAAGAUGACUUGCCAACUGCCGAACGAAAGGUGCUCAUUUCGGUCGACGGCAGUGAAGACAGCGCCCGCGCCUUUGAGUGGUACAUCGCGAACUUGCUCCGUGAGAAGGACGGCCUUAUUCUGGUCCACGUUGUGGAGCCAGUGAAUGCUGGAGUUAACUACGGACUUGCCACGAAACCGGCUGUCCUUACAGAGGACUUUUCCAGACAUAUUACUGAGUUGGUGGAUAAGGGAAAAGUUUUGGGCAAGAAGUUUCUUCAGAAAGCCAAGGCCCUUGGAAUUCGGGCUCGAUUCGUCCUACAUAUAGGAGCCAAGCCAGGUGAGCAUAUUUGCCGUCUGUCCAAAGAGCUGGCGAUCGACGUCAUCGUCAUGGGAAGUCGGGGACUUGGCAAGAUCAGACGUACUUUUCUUGGCAGCGUUAGUGACUACGUCUUACACCAUGCUUCUACGCCAGUAAUUAUUAUUCCACCCCAAAAGAAAGAUGCAUAAGACCUAGUUUUCACCAACGCCCUUCCUGUCGGAUAAGGUCAUACCCAAAACCUCCUCUUUCUGACAUUCUGGGCCUUAAACCAAUGCUCGAGACUUUGAUUGUUUUACUUUUUCCGUAAAGGGUCGGGUAUUCACUAACCCGCGCAUUCCUCUAUAUCUUGCCUGUUUUCAAUUAUUUCUAUUGCUUAUUAGCACAAACUUUUAUCUAGUUGAUCUGGAUGCAUAAGGCAAAAUAAGUAAGUAGAAGUACUCAUUCACAAGCUUUCCUGGGUGAAAUUGAGCUGGAAGAAAGUGAGUAAUACCAUUUUACUGAGACAUUCCGCUGCGCCAGGUGUAGACUUCAUCCCUGACAACUCGCCAAGUGUUUACGCGUGUGCAGAUCCCUUUCGGCUGAUUCCAGUAUAGGCUUCUUAUCUUUUAUUACGUUUCUGCUUCUCAGAACUACCGCCAUUCAAGAUGCUUCCUUCCUGUUACCCUCGCCUUAGCAAAGCGUGUAGAUUCUGUCCUUAUGCAUACCACCCGUUUGGGUUUCUUUUACUUUACAUCCUCUCCGCGGAUUUGUAGGCCUGAUUACUAUGUUGCUGACCGUAAAAUAUAUGGUGUAUACUGCCCGUGUCUCGGCUAUCACGACCGCCCAACUGGCUUAUGUCUUGUUUUACGGUUUGUUAGGUCUUUCCUUCUUACCACCAGCCACGAGUGGGCAGCGUUUGCCGAUUGCGGGAUGAAGUAGGGACGUCCCAGUUUACCUCGAAGCUUUGGUCUAGAACCCUUAGAGGUAGCGACGACGAUGACGAACCGUAAGCAAUCACGAAGUGUGGCCGGCUGAAGGUGUAAAGUUUGGAAUGCCUUCUCCAGCUUUUCCUCGUUCUUGCCAGUAAUGCUUCUCCAUUACGGAUUGCUCCCCGGCAGCAUGUGGGGACUCCAGACCAGAACACCGAGACUGAACGGAGUGCCCGUAUCGCGCCCUGUUAUCGGAACAGAUCAGUUAACUCCACUCCCACGUCACUUCUAAUCCUCCCAAUCGCCGCUUCUGAGCGUCGGCCCCCUUGACCAACUGAGUCUGUAUUCAAACCUCAGGUCUUUCUGGCCCUCGAUUAAAGUGCGGUUGUCCAACGAAAAUAUGUGAGCCAGAAACAAUUAUUCAGGUUUCCCUACGUCUUUUGUCACGUUACCUCUCGCCUACCAGUACCGGGAUGCUUUCUGGCUUUUACUUUCAGCGCUUGGUGCCACCUCGUCUCUGAGCAAGUCAAGACAACACAGAUAAUGUGUGAAUCAAUGAGAGGUUUUGGCAGCUUGCUUCAUCAAAUGCGGAGCAGUGCCGUUUCCUUUUUUGCUAAGUUUUGAAAGGCGAUCUAACCAGAACCUCUAAUUAGAAUGGCUCGUUAGGGUGAUAUAAUGCUUACGGACACUGCGCUGUUUUUUCCAUGCAAGCGAUAGUUUUGUGGAAUGUGAGCGGAGGAAACAAUUUUUUCGUUCCCCGUCCACCCUCGCCCUCCCUAGAAUACACGAUUCCGCGAGUGCUGGUCUGAUUGUCCUCAUAUUUCGACUGGCAUGUUAAGCGAAAUCUGGAAAAACCGGACCAUCACGCCGAUACUCGACAGCUUUUUGCGUGUGUCAGGUUUCAUUUGACCCCGACCUUGAAUGCGCGGAUAACGUGUCGCUCGGGUCAUCAGUGACCUGUAGGCGGUCGCCAUAACUGUUAACAAGGUUGUCAAAUCGGUUAACCCAACAUCUAGCGCCGAAAAGAUGAAAAUCUUCUCAGGCUACAUCCCUAAUGAAGAUUACCUGUUCCUACGCCCUCCGAAAGCUUUCGUUCUGACUAACUCAGACAGCUCUAUAGAGCAAAUGCGCCAAAUCACGAACACCCCUUGUUCAUUUUACAGUCGGUGGCAGGGCGCGCGACGUCUCGCCAGAGGGUAUGCCAGACACGUAA